UCGUUCAAUUCAUUCGCUACCGUCAUGGGAAGACUUCGUCGAUCGCGCACGCAUCACAGUAUUCGUGAUACUUACCGCAAAUAUCGUACCCGUAAUUAUGCUCGAGAUCUGGAUCAGAUCCAUGAAGAUGUCAAGCCCGAGAAUGCAGGCAAAUUAAAGAAUCAGCCUGUUGAUCCCGAUAAACCCGGUUUGGGUCAACAUUACUGUAUCGAAUGCGCUCGUCAUUUUAUUACCGAAGAUGCAUUAACAAAGCAUAUUCAGACCAAGGUGCAUAAGAAACGUGUGAAAUUAUUGAAAGAGGAACCAUAUACCCAAGCAGAGGCCGAUGCUGCCGCCGGUAUUGGCAAAGCAGAUAAUGGCAAACGGGGAGGACGAUCAGUGGCAGGCGAUGUGAAUAUGGACGAUGCGCAAUAAUGGUGAACGAGCAUUCAUUUUUCCUUUAUUUUUUUCUUCUCUCAUGUAAAAUGUCAUUCAAUUUUUGUCAUAUGAAGUAACUGUAAAAAAAAAAUAUAUCAGGUG